UGCUGCCCAGGUGCCUUGAAGAGGAGUCUCACGGCCGAGCAGGUUCGAGCAGAUUUCAUCACUCUGGGUCUUAGUGAGGAGAAAGCCACCUACUUUGCUGAAAAGUGGAAGCAGAAUGCCCCCUCCCUGGCUCGGUGGGCCAUCGGUCAGACUCUGAUGAUUAACCAGCUCAUAGACAUGGAAUGGACAUUUGGAGUGACAUCUGGGAGCAGUGAAUUAGAAAAAGUGGGAAGUAUAUUCUUACAAUUGAAGUUGGUGGUUAAGAAAGGAAAUCAGACCGAACAUUUGCAUCUAGAGUUAACCUUGCCUCAGUUCUACAACUUCCUGCACGAGAUGGAGCGAGUCAGAGCCAGCAUGGAGUGUCUCAGCUGACUUUGGUCCCCAUGUGUGUCCCCUCCCCCCUUCGUCCCCAGUCCUGUCUCCGCCCUGCCUGCUCCCUCCCCUGGGUGACUGCCCUGAAAGCUUCUCCCUCAGGCCUGGUGGGGAUGAAGCCCUGCUUGCCUCUUGGGAGUCCAGGUGUGGAUCCUUCCUGAAAAACAACAGGAUUAAGUACUUAAAGAGCGCAUCACAGUUCCCCAUAAAUGUUUUGGUGAGGCAGCCACCACCACCUGUCUGUCUUUCAGGACACAUUGUAGAUAUUCUGACAGCCUAUUGCAGCUCAGGUUCAGGGAGAAUAAGUUGUCACCUCCCCGUGAAAGUUCCAGAGUAAAUGUGCCAUCCCUCAAGAUGACACAUUGAUCACCCUACCCUGAAAGAUGGCCAAAGAAGAGGAAAUUGUAUGGAUGGCUCACACCAAGUGCCUCCUGGACCCCAGCACACCCCGGGCUUGUGGUGGUAGUGUGCUGCCAGUUGGGUUUGAACAAGAAAUACAUGCUUCGUCUUCUCUGAGAAGAACUGAGGCUGAACUGCCCAUUUCUGGUUUUGCCCUGUUGUGCUGUAACUAGGUGGCCUUUGGGCUCAGGCUGAUCACCUCUGCUGGUUAAAUGACUAAUAAAAAAUCCUGAAGGAAAGGGCU